CUAUAGUUACACCUACAAACAUGAUUUCCUUUCAGAAUUUAUUAGUACUACAGGUUGRCAGGUGUUUCAUAGAAAAACGACAGAAAGACUGGGCAAGGCCACGUCAAAUUCUAAGGGAGGAUUCCAGGUGUAACAGGAAGUGAUGGUAAUGUGUUUUUGCAUAACCACCAUGUGAUCCUCGUGUGAUGAUAACGUACAGCUGAGCUGCCUGCUGUCUCGUUAAAGSUUUUUAUCUGGCGUUACGCUAUCGUCUAUAUUAAUUAUUCUACUCUGACGUACGCAUGCGCGGCGAUUAAAAAUUCACUUGUCAGCGCAUGCGGUAUAUGAAGCGGGACUACUCCCAACCACGCCACUUGACUGAGUGUGUUUUGACAAUGAAGUCUACGUUUUUGGGCGUCUUUUGGCAACGUCGGUUGAAAGUAUAUGCUUCAUAUCUACUGUAGUAUAUUCAACUGGUCGUUGUUCCACUGUUUGCAGUCAAGGGCUCAGUGAUGUGACUAACCUUCAGCAUUUGAAAAACGCUGUGCCUUGUUUUCUUCUGUCAGACUGUUAACUUUGGUUAUGAAGAGAAAAACAGCUUUGUGAUUUAUCGGUAAGCCGUCGUUGGAKUAGAAUUUCCCUGGGACAAUUCUUGCUAAUAUGACUAAAAAAUUGAGAAGAUGGAUACCUGUUGUACCCUGGUGUUGAAGAAUGGAUGAACAAGAACGGAAUUACUGCUGCCUGGUUCUACUGCUUUCCAGGGUAGGCCUGGAAAAGUUACGACAGUUGUUCAAAAAACAGUGGAAUAMUUUGAGUGGAUUUGGUCCAUGGACUGACAACCCUCAGAAUGGAGCAGACUUGUUGACAAGGUUCACCCCACUUCGUUAUGAAAKAACCAAGGUYCAGUCAGGUGACACAACAACAUGGGAUUUGUCUCUCCUUGUCAAAGCUCUGUUGUACUCCAGGCCUCCAUUUGUACCCAACUCUGAAGCAACUUUAGUUACUGGCUUGAAAUGUUUGAAAGACACAAGAGAUAUACUCUGCCACACUGGAAGUGGGAGGAUUGCGUCAUCAGAGUUUAAGAAGCUGUAUAGCGAUGCAUGUAAUGCAUUAGUUUCUUUGGGCGCGUCAUGGAAACAAGACCUUCUGAAAGUCAAGAAAGAUGUGGAGAAGAAGGAAUCAUUGUUAUCAAUGGUAAAAGACUGUACUUCACAAGAUGAGGACAUCAUACAAGGGCUUGCAUCAAUAAASCAACGACUUGAUGAGUUAAAGCAGACGAUUGAACAGAACCAGCAACAAACACAAGAAACAUUACAAGUUGUAAUACAAGGACAGUCAGACCUAAAGCAAGGACAAGAUAAAAUAGUCAAAGGGAUUCAAAACCUACACAGAUCAUCAACAUCAAAAUCUCUAGACUUGUCAAGUGAAGAUGUGGAAUUGUAUUCCGUCAACCUCAAGGAAGCRAUAACAAAGCAAACAGAUUUCUUACCAAAAGGACCCGAUCAAUCCAGACUGAAAACUGACGAUAUUUUUACCAAUCUUACUGUUUAUUAUGGAAAACGAAAAUCUCUGCAAGAAAAAACUCAGAAAGAUCAAAGUGUUCUUAAAAGGGCAACUGAGAUAGAACAAUGUGAAGAGAUUUUUGCUGAUCAWGAUAACAAUGAAUGCUAUCCAAAGUCAAUAUUAGUUUUCGGAGAAGCUGGAAUUGGAAAAWCAUUGUUCUCGCAGAAAAUCGUCAGAGACUGGUCAACAAAUUGCAUAUCGAUCCCUAACAUCAAGUUCGCAUACUUGAUAACGUUCAGGCAGCUUGUUCUGCUUGGCAACAAAGAGCUCACCCUCAGAGAACUGCUUAAUCUCUCUCCWUUACUAAACGAAAUAACCUCAAUAGAUAAUUCACUUAUAGAGUACAUCAUUCAGCAUCCAAAGGAGUUAUUUGUAGUUCUCGAUGGAUUUGAUGAAUACAAAGAGCAAAGCAAWUCAGUAAUUGGAGACUUUGAAAGCCAAUUUAACAAUGAUGUCACAAAGAUGCCAGUAGCUGCUCUGAUCAGCAAACUAAUCCGAAAAAAGAUCUUGCGCGACUCAGUCAUCAUGUUAACCUCAAGACCAAAUGAAGCCUUUGAGUUGGACGAAAAACUCCACUUUGACCGCUAUGUACAAAUUACAGGAUUUUCUGAAACACAGGUUCUUCAAUAUGUUGAGAAAUAUUUUAACUCUAAACCAGAAGAAGUGAGAAAGAUGGCAGUCGAAAGAGUCAAAGGAAGCGCACAUUUCAUGUCAUUUGGUCGCGUCCCUUUGAGGUGUUUCCUGAUGUGCGCGGUCAUCGAGUAUGAAAUMCAAAAUAACAUUACUAGAGAUAAUUCAGUUCCUCUAACACUUACACAGUUUUAUUAUGAAGUUAUUUAUUGUAUAGAAAGAAAUAAUAGAGAAAUAAGUAGGCUACUAGAUAAGACAGCCGCUUCAUCCGCUGUAGAGAAAAACUUGAAUAAUUUUGCUAAUCUAGUUGCAAAAUUAGUCGAAGAAAAUCGAUUUACUUUCACACUAAAAGAUUUAGAAGAUCUCAAAUUACCUGAAGAUGAAAUGUCUUACCUUAAAUCAAGUAGUUUAAUAUUUUGUUAUCCUGUURCCAGUGAUUCUCCAUUCCCACAAACWACUCUUGAAUAUGGUUUCGCCCAUUUUACCAUUCAAGAGUUUUUUGUUGCUUGGCAUUUGGUGAAGAAGCGUGCAAUGGCGGCACAAGAAACCUCUGACAUGGUGCACACAUUCACAAGUGGUUUGUUGGGUUUAGAUCAGRAGAACAACAACGAUWCGUUGAUAGUGGACGUACUUGAUUGUGCACGUAAACAAGUGAAGGGUGAAAGUAAUAGCAGGCGACGCCCUGUGUUAUUGCGCUGUCUCCAYGAGUACGGCCAAGWGAAAGAAUUCACAMGACAAGAACUGACUGCAAACCGUGACUACAGAUACUGGCGYAAUGAUGGUUGGAUUGAACUACGUGGURUAACCGACACGGACUGUGCAGCAAUCGCUAUGUUAGUAGAAUCCACUGCUACAUCAAURUCAUCACCACCAUACACAUUGUACAUCGGUGGAAUGUCAUCGUUAACUUCUUCUGGCAUAAGCACCUUGAUGCCAUCUCUCACUAAACCAACCUGCAAUAUCACCGAACUGAGGCUGGUGGGUUGUCAGUUGAACAACACAUGUGCACAAUGUUUGAGUCAAUAUUUGGCAGACACCAAGUUAAUCAAGCUUAAUCUGGUUGGYAAUAACAUAACUGAUACUGGAGUGACUUACAUCGUGAACAACUUACCCAGUACUUUGACAUGGUUAGACCUGGUUGUUAAUCCAGUAUCCGAUCAAUGUAGAAAAAACACGGAAAGAUUGUGUGAAGAGCGCUAUCCUAGUCUUAAGUUAGGCUUAUAGAUUCACAGCUUUGUAGCGCAUGAUGUAAAUAUAUUUAUGACAGAGAACUCACAUUAAACUAUAAAUACAGCCAACUCUCGCUAUUACGGACACCCUGGGGACCGUAAUUUAGUGUCCGCAGUGCGAGAGUCCGUAGUAACGGGAGUUACUUUCAAUGAUUUCUUUGUAUUUUUCGCCGGGGAUUCAGUAUUCCCUGUCCAUAAUAUCGAGGUGUCCGUGAUAGAGGGGUGUCCGUGAUAGAGGGGUGUCCGUGAUAUCGAGGUGUCCGUGAUAUAGGGGUGUCCGUAAAGCGAGAGUUGACUGUUUAUAUUGUUUUCUGUAUAUUAAUUCCACUUACUGAGGAAAAACUGCUAGAAAUGGAUUAAACAUUGAUGCAAAUAUAUGACUAAAAUAAGUGUGCUCUAUAUUCAAUUUUAUGUUCAAAUCAGGUCAUGUGAUUAUAGCAAAUCAUACUAAUA